CCCCUCAGGGGAGGGGAGAGUAGGUUCCCCAGAUGUCCGUGAGAGCAGGGAGACAGUGUCAUCCCCUCGUCCUUCAUGGGGCGGCACAAGGACUAAGGAUGCUUGGCUACUGACUCCGCCAUCCCCUCCCCCCAUUGACUGCCAUGUCUAUGGCACCUGAUGGCAUUGCCAGACCUGGAGUGCCCCUACACUGAGGAAGACGCCCAGCCACCGUUCUGCCCCGUCCGCUCCUGUCUCUGGCCGCCACACAGCCUCUAGCUAUCGCUCUAACCCACCUUCCCAGGGGAUGUCCAUGCCCGUGUCACUGCUCCACAGACUUGGAGACACCUGUGCCAGUUCCCAGGUGGAGUGGGACUGAUUCUAGUUGACCCAGCAGUGCCAGACAUUAGCACCUAAGAUUACUAAUUGAGUGAGAAUCCAAGAAGAAAGCUUCUCCUCUGAAAGAGAAUGGGAUGGGGCAAGAAAAGGGUGGCAGAGUCCCCCCUGCCCCUUGAAGAAGCUUCCCGCCAUGCAGAGACCACCUACGGCCACUUGGCGCCAGCCGAAAAGGAAAUCAUCAUAAUCACGCUCCACGGAGCUGUCAACUUGCCCCCCAACAAGAAUGGCUCCAAACCCUUGGCCUUUGUGAUAGCAAAAACCACCUCACAGGAAGAAAAACGUGAGGAGUCUACAGCUGUCACCUCAACUACCUGGGAGCCCACCAAAAGUCCCACUUGGGAGACAACAGUCAAGUUGGAGAUUCAAACUGAAGAUGUGGGUCGUGAAGAAGUGAUCCUGAAGGUGCUUGACAACAGAACCAGAGAUUUGCUAGCUUCCUACCGGAUACCCAUUAAGUACCUCCGCCCUUUCCAUCCCUACCAUUUUGAGCUGGUGAUGGCUCACAAGUCUGGUUUAGCCAAAUUGUAUGCUUCAAUCACUCGGGAGAGCAGUUUCAUGCCCCGAUACAUUGGAUGCACUCACACAGCCUUAGAGGUCUUUCUCCAUGGGGUCAACGAGCCCCUCACCAACCCCUUUGGCCCUAUCAUAGUGGUUGCUCGUGUCAUUCCCAACUACAAGGAGUUCAAGGAGACUAUGUUGAGCAAAGAGCCUUUGUCUAUGGGACUGCCUAUGAGAACUGUCAACUUCCCAAGCCCCUCAGUGUUGGCUUUUGAUGUUCCUCGGACUAACGACCAGGGAUACCCUCAGGUAUCUAAGCCUGGUGGGCCCGCCAGACAGCCUGAAUGGAAUACCUCCUUCCUCUACCAAGCCCGGAAUGGAUGUACACAGUUCAAUGACGAUCUGGCCCUAUUACUGGAGUUUUAUCCCAUGACUCCAAUGCCCAAGAAAGAAUCCUGGAACCUUAUAAAGCCCUUGGGUAUCUCUGUGUUGCCACUCAACAACCGAGUUUACCGAAAAAUGAUGUCAGGAACACCGACUGCACUACAUGUGAAAAAGCUCCCCAUCUUGAGAACUAAGCUGAAAACGAUUUCAGGUGGAACGCCCACUGUUAACCUUUCUUUCCAAGUAAUUUCCUCAGAGAGGCCAGACAACUUUAUGACUCCCAGCAAUUGCACGGACGUUCCAGUCCUGAACCCUGCACUCCUAGAUGCAGAACUUGGCACCAUCCGUGAAUCGUGGUCCAAGGAUCUUGCAAGCUCAGAGCCAGAGGCUGAGCCAGAGCAGGGGCCAGAGCCAAGGUCAGAGCCUGAGCUAGAGCUAGUGACAGAGCUGGAGUCAGGGCCCGAGCCCAAACCAGGCUUGGUGGACGAGGGCCUUUCCGUGCCCUCACUGGAAGAAGUAAGACCUCUGGAGCUUCCUCAAGAAACACUAGAAGAUUUCAGCCCACGUUGGCCACAUCAGAAGGUUAUACACAAGAUCCAGUCAAGGUCCCAGCCCUUCAAGGUGUGGCCUAGUGAAGAGACAAAUGAGUACUCCCACCUGCCCUAUGAGAAGGUGCAUCUGUAUAGCAGUCUUUAUUAUUUGGAAUCCUCAGACACCCAAGACCAUCUGUAUGAGAUGGAGGAGAAGCCCAAACAAUCAGACUCAUCAUCGACUACCUGGAGGGAGGUAGACAACUACCAGAAAGCCAUGACGAGGAUGGCCAAUGACAUCCUGUCCUUGCGUAGGCAAGUGACCUCGCUGGAGACAGAAAACAACUCCCUUCGGCAACAGGUGUCCACACAGGAGCGGAUGGGUCAUGCCUCUCCGGAAGAUGAAGAGAUGAUAGCAAACAUGAAGCAAAGACUUUCCCACAGCACCAUGGAAAUGAAAAGGUUGAAGGACAGGGUGCAGCAGCUGCAGAAUGAGUUAAUUCGGAAGAAUGAUCGGGAGAAGGACUUGUUGCUAAUUCAGCAGUCUCACCAGCAGCAGCAGCAAAAUCUGAAGAGGUGUCAGGACAAACUGCAGAAAAUGAAGGGCCUGGAGCAGACUGUGAAGAGCCAGGAGAAGGUCAUUCAAACAAUGGAAAAGAUCUUGGAGGACAAAGUAAAGCAACCAUCCAGAGAAAGGUCUGACUCAAUGUCAUCACCACUGGUGCGGCCUCUGGGAAAACACACGGGCCCCAUGGGGGAGAGUGUGCCCUCUGACUUUUACUCCAUAUUGCUGGCCGAGAACGCAAGGCUGCGGAGUGAGUUGGAUAAAAACCGCCACCAGUCUUCCCCCAUCAUCCUGCAGCAGCAAGCCCUACCGGUGUGUAAUGGGAUCAUAAUAGUGUGGUUCCCCUAUCGGCCAGAUUUGUGCUUUUGCCAACAGGACUUCCUCUCCAGCACCUCAGACAAAUUCAAUCUCAUGGCCAAAUUGGAGAGUGCUCAAAAUCGCAUUCGGACUUUGGAGAGCGAGCUGGAAGAUUCAGCUCGGCGCUGGGGACAAGAAAAACAAGAUCUGACCUCGAAGCUGAUGGAACAAGACCAUGGCUUUAUACAUGGUUCCAGUCCUAUGUUGACAGAACACCAAAGGAGUCCUUCGGACCAUACGACUUUCAAAAAGCCGCAAAAAUAGGAUCCGUUAUCGCUCCAUCCAGAAUCUGACCCGUAAAGUCCAACGAAGAUCAAAGUGAAACCUCCCCAACAGGACCACAGAAACAGGACUCCCUUUGCAUUCUUCUCCUGGAAUCAGAUCCCUAACAACCUUAUUAAAUGCAUAAAGCUUGGUGAGUGUCCAUGGUCUAUUGAUGAAGCCCAACGAGCCCUGGAAUAUCCUCAGUCUUAGAUUUUUCCCCCUCUCCCACCCACAGUCACUUUCUCCCCAGGCCUCCCUCCUAGAACCCCAGCCCAGAAUCUCUAUGGGUCAAAGAGCUGGCCAACUGGUUAAAGAGGUAGGAGAGAGAAGGGAGACUGUAUUCUAAAGUUACGGGGUAUGGAUCUUGGAACUUCAACGUCAGGAGAACUGCUCAUCUCCCAAAGAAGCAAGAUGGCAUUUUGGGGACAGGGAGAAGGGAUGGUGACUGUGGGAAGGAGCAAACAAUCUUAGGGCAUUGGAGCUGGAAGGGGUCGUGGAGGUCAUCUCAUCCAAAAGCCCUUAACUGACAGAGGAAGAAAUGGGAAGCUCAGAAUGAUUUGGUGAUUUGCCCACAGUCACACCCUGAAUUAGUGGCAGUCAGAAGUAGGACACAACUGUCCUGAUUCCCAUUCUCUUCCUAAGAAUUUCUUUGUGUAAUGUGAUAGAAUCAACUUUAUACAAAGCCGAGAUAGGUGACCACCCAACUGGUUUGACCUGAGAACUACUAAGGAGACCCAAUGCCCAAACAUACCUUCUUCAGCCCUGGCAAUUUCGCAAGAUAGAAGAAACCAAACCAAAUGGACCAUCAUCCUAAUCUGGCUAUAGGCACCAUAGGUUCAUCUAUAUCCAUCUACAUCCCAGCCUCCAAGGAGACUCUAGGGCAGAGUCAGAUAAGACUGGGUACCCCAUUCCUAGGGCUAUAAAGCUUUGGGUCUUUUUUAUUUAAUUUUUUUCAAUGAACAAGCAUUUAUCUUCUUCCCUACCCACUCAUCCACUAUUAAGAAAAAGAAAAACAAAAACAAAA